AUGUCCUUCGACGCAGGUGCUGCCACGACAGCUGAAUAUGAAGCCCUCACAAGGUCUCCCAUCGUCACGGAUCAUGACCACGGCCUCGGACUUUCUGGUCUUCGCCGCAUCCGACAACAGCCCUCGGUCAGGGGGCCGGGGCUGCCUUCUGCCUCAACCCCGGCGUCGCGAAGUUCUUCCAUCGGCCUGCCCAGAUCUUCUUCCAUGACCUUGCUGCUAUCCAACACACCGUCUCUGCCGUUGUCUGCGGGCCCUGGAUCCCCGAGUUUCGCUGAGGAUCUUUCGCGGUUCCCAUCUGAAUCAUUGCACUCGUUCUCAUUCGCGCAUCAGUCGGAAGAACUCAUCCACAACCGACAGACUGUCCUCAAACGUUCCAUAGAGUUUAUGAAAGAUCGACUGGGUUGGUCUGUCUCCUCAACGUCUGUAGCACUUGCGAGCGCGGAGGCACGCGUGCAUGGGGAUGUAGAGACGCAGAACAUGCUGGAUCUUCUGGCUCGGGCUCAGCUCGUGGGUGCUGGCAAUCUGCCCAACAAUGACCAUUCCCUGACUGGUCCUCUCACGGGACCAGCUGUUGUCUCGGGUGAAAACUUCUUUGACAAACAGUUCAAUCCACGCAGCGAGAGUCCUGAGCCCAUCUCCUCGCCCAAUCUGUCACCAUCGACCUCUCGGCGCCCGUUGCCUCUUCAAGAACACGACGAGCCUUCGAGAACAAAAGCUUCCGUUUCCAAGACGAUCAUCGAAGGCCAGGAAUCCGAAUAUUCGAGCCGCAGCCCGACCAACGAAAGUGGUACCACCAAUAAGACUUCGCCGCCGCCGUCCCGUCGACCAAGUCUGAAACGAACACUGACAGACACGCUGUCCGUAUCGGUGCAUCAAAAGCUCAUCGACACCAUGGCGCAGCCCUUCGUUGCCGGCCCUCCAGGAUUCGAGGAGCAGAUGCUAUCUCCAACCGUUCCGCCAAAUUUCGCAGCCGGCACAAUGCCCAGUGCUCUCGGCCCUGUGCAUGGUCACACCACGCGGUGGACACCUGCGGCUCAGGCCAUUUUCACGACCGAAGCGAAACCCCCUUGGACUAUCAUUGCGGCCAACGAUCUUGCCUGUCUCGUCUUCGGUGUCACAAAGGCCGAGGUACGUAAAAUCGGCAUUCUUGAGGUUGUGCAAGAAGAGAGAAGGGCGUGGCUCGAGAGAAAGCUGCUUCAAUAUGAUUCAGAAGGAGCAGCCCAAAGCACUGAGGACCUGUCACCCCCCGCACCCCCAGCUUCCGUAUCUUCGUCGCUUCUCGGUGGCCGAGGCGGUGGCAUCACGGCGAAACUCCUCAGCAAGCCAAACUCCAGAACGAAUCCGCCCAAAGCGCCAAUCCCCCGUAAGGCGCAGACAGUACAUAGCGGUGACCCGAAUCCACCAACCAUGAGAGGAGGAUCGCGCCAUCGAAGCAGUCGCUCUCGAGGCGUGCUGCUAUGUGGCGACGUUGUGCCCAUCCAGAAGCGGAAUGGGUCCACGGGUUCGGCCAGCUUGUGGGUGAAGGAGAAGAGGAUCGGCCUUAUCUGGGUUCUUGAGGAAAUCCAUGAAGACGUCGCCAUGAUCUCUAUGGACGACGAUGGUGUUGUCGAAAAGGUAUCCGGGGAGACAGAUGCGAUAUGGGGGUUCGAGACGCUACGUCCAGGAUGCGACAUCGGGCAGCUUAUUCCGAGGAUACCACGACAAGGUAUUGACCCUCGCACGGGCGAGGUUGACUUUGCUCAAGUCUCCAAGCGGCGGUUUUUCACCUGCCCAAACGCAGACAAGGUGAACAUUCCAUGCACAGUCGAACAAGUAAGAGGCAAGACAGAACUCCGCGUUUCUAGCCUCCCACAUAUGGCAGGCAUCAUCGUCGUUAAUCCCGAAAACUUGGAGAUUAAGAGCUCGAACUCAGCCUUCUCAGGGUCUCUGUUCGGUUAUGAGAAGCCAGAUGGGCUGUCCAUCAACACGCUCCUGCCCGGGUUCGAAAAGAUCCUACAACUCCUGACGGAGGAAGAUGGCGUCAUGUUGAUGGACGGUAUCGUUGUCCCGGAGCACAGUUUUCGGAAAGCCUCAGCGUUCCUCGCAGUUCGAGAAGGAAGGCCUGAUGCAGCGACAUCUUUCUUGCGGACCGAGGGCCUGCCUGCCAGGCACCGUGACGGUUCCGAACUCAAGAUUGAUGUCCAGAUGCGGGUUGUCCAGAGCGAGCGACAGCCGGCUGUUAUCACCGAGACUGUCGUGGAGGCGAGCGAAGACGAGGAUGACGACAGCCAUGGUGAGAGGGAAAACACCUUGCGGUUCCCACAGCGAGAUGGUGUAUGCUCUCUGGAUUACUUACUCCCGCCAUCUCCAUGCAACGAGGUCUCAGCUCGACGUCAAAACGCCCACCCGUUCAGCUCCGACUCGGACGACACCAAAAAGGAGAAGUCAGGAUCUGGGGCCGCAUCAGCUUUGACACGCCAGAUCAAGCACGUCAUGCAUGCGGCCGCCAAGGUCACAGGAGUGGCCAAGUCAAGCCCCAAGGAGGAGAGGCCGCCUGCCGUGCGCGCUGUGACACCUGUGCAUAAGAAAACCAUCGAGGACUUCCAAAUCCUCGAAGACAUGGGUCAAGGAGCCUACGGGCAGGUCAAGCUUGCGAAAUACAAAACGACACAAAAAAAGGUCGUUCUCAAGUACGUGACCAAGCGGCGAAUCCUAGUCGACACAUGGACUCGAGACCGCAAGCUUGGCACGGUGCCCCUCGAGAUUCACGUCCUGGACUAUCUCCGACGGCCGGAACUGAGGCACCCCAACAUUGUAGACAUGGAGUCAUUCUUCGAAGACGACAUCAACUACUACAUCGAGAUGACGCCUCACGGUCUACCCGGAAUGGAUCUCUUCGACUACAUUGAAUUACGCAGCAACAUGGAUGAGGCCGAGUGCAGGAGCAUUUUCGUGCAGGUUGCUCAGGCCAUCCACCAUCUGCACACGAAGGCGCUCGUCGUUCACAGGGACAUUAAAGACGAGAAUGUGAUUUUGGAUGGCGAGGGCCGCAUCAAGUUGAUCGAUUUCGGCAGUGCGGCAUACAUCAAGAACGGCCCGUUCGAUGUGUUCGUGGGCACAAUUGAUUAUGCGGCGCCCGAAGUCCUCGCUGGCAAGCCUUAUGGUGGCAAGGAGCAGGACGUGUGGGCCUUGGGCAUCUUGCUCUACACCAUCGUCUACAAAGAGAAUCCAUUCUACAGCAUCGACGAGAUCAUGGACCGGGACCUCAGAGUACCGUUCACCAUUAGUGACGAAAGCAUCGAUCUGAUCCGUUGCAUGCUGAACCGCAACGUGUCUGAGCGCUACGACAUUACACGGGUAGUUGAACAUCCAUGGUGCCAGGCCCUUGAUGUGGAGUAA